CACCAAGUUACUCAGGGCUUUACUGGUUCAGGGGCAGAGGAGCAGUUCCUUAUGAGCAGACACCAUGCAGUUCUCUCUGUGCAGGUUGCGUACCCACCAGUGGUGUUUCCUGCUCUUCAAUGUGCUUCUGUUCCAUGCCCUGUUGUUUGGGGCUGACUUUGUAGAGGAGUACAUUCUCCAGCCCACCCCAGGGAUCUACACAGAUGGAACAGUCCUGGACGUGAGGGAGAGGGCCCGUAAACUAGACCUGAGUGGGACCAGGGGAAAUGAGUCCCAGUAUUACCCCAUUACCCCAAACGCCUGCCUAAACAGUGACCUCUUCCUCCUCACCAUCGUCUUCAGUUCUCCAAGCAAUCACACCCAGAGGAAUGCGGUAAGGACCACCUGGGCCAACCAAACACGUGUCCAGGGUUUCGCCGUGAGAACACUCUUCUUCCUGGGAUUGUCUCCCUCCACCGCUACCCAGGAGACUGUCAUGACGGAGUCCGGUCGCCACGGUGACAUGGUCCAAGGUUACGUGAAUGACUCCCCUCAUGGUCAGGCCGAGAGGGAGGUGUUGGCGUUACGGUGGGUGGUGGCUUUCUGCCCAGUAGCCAGGUUCGUCCUGAUCACAGAGGACUCUGUGUUUGUCAAUCUCCCUGCGUUAGGGGGUUACCUUCUGGGGCUGAGAAGACACCCUGAGGACCUCUACUUGGGGAGGGUGAUGCACAAAGACACCCCCAACCGAGACCCCUCCAGUCCCAGCUACUUAGCUCCAGCCCUCUAUCCAGACAGGUAUCUCCCAGACUACUGUGCCAGAACUGCCUCUGUCCUCUCCCAGGAUGUGGUUAGGAAGGUGUAUGUGGCGUCAGCUGGGGUCCAUACCACCCUUCCCGCUGAUGUGUUUGUGGGCCUGUGUGCCUGGAAGGCCGGGGUGGUACCCACCCACAGUGCACGCUUCUCAGGGGAGAAGCACAUUCGUUAUAAUGAUUGCUGUUACCGCUACCUGUUCAACUCCCCGGGGGUGGGAAGUGAGGAGCUUGGGACGGUGUGGGCAGAUCUGGGCCAGGAGGAUGGAGGAUGUUCCCUUCUAGAGACCUACUAUGGCCUGGUGGCUUGCAAGGCCCUCACUUACCUGGACAAACUGUCUUUCUUCAACUCGAAGGGACAGGAAGACUGAAUCCCAUGGCCAGUGUGUGUGUGUGUGUGUGUGUGCGCGUGUGUAUGUGUGUGUGUGUGUGUGUGUGUGUGCGUGAUAUAACUUUGAAUAUGAGUCUCAGUAUUACAUUUUAGUUUUUAUUUCAGGAAACAACUCCCUACUCUAUUUGAUCAUGAUCAUGUUAGUGACGAAGGAAAGGCAGCACCAACAAAAGAAGCGUAUUAAAUAUUAAUUGAAGUGUGGCAGUUAAAGGGAUUUGAUUACGAAAAGUAAGAUUGUUUUGCAGAAGAAGCCAGAUAUUGUUGCUGAGGUGGGAGGUGCUGAUUUUGGAAUGUAACUAUACUUUAUAAGUCAUAAAUCAUCAAUUAUACUAUUUAGGCCUGUAUAGCAUUCAUCAACAUCUUUUGUUUCAAUUCAACCCAGGUUUCAACUAAAAGUAGACAAUACACAUGGUUUCAAGCUUUGGUUGAUAUGAAUUUUAAUCUUCAAGUUAAUUAUUCAUAUGUCGGAUUAAAGUCUCCAUCUCAGGCCGAUUUUUUUCUUGAGCGGAUGAA